AUGAAUAACAAGAAUUGGAACGACAGAGCAGACAAAGAUCUGUUCUUUACUAUACUGUCUGUCAAGAACAUUGGUGUCAUAAGCGGCGCGGAAUGGACCACCAUUGGCAAUCACAUGAGAGGCCUUGGAUAUGGUUUCACUAAUGAAGGAUGUCGUCAACAUUUCCAAGGUCUCCGACGAGCCCAGAACAAGGCAGAGUCCAAUGGUGGCCUCAACGAGAACUCACGCAAGGUUGAUCCAACCCUGAACCCGAUUACUCGCCGUCCAGGUCCUGGUCGAGGCCGGCCCAGGAAACAGCCUCCUGUUCCCGUCGCUGGUGUCCCCGGAGAGGGUAUUCCCAACCAAGCCAUGGGUCUUGUUGCACCAGGGCCGCACGCUCAGCCCGUUCAAGGCUAUGGUGUCCCUCCUGGUCAAGCCAUCCUCCCUCAGCCAAUGCCAACCACCGCAGCUGUUCCUGGUGCUGUUCCGGCUCCAACUCCAACUCCUGCUGCGGCCACUGUGCCUGGUCCUCCUGCCCCCGUUGCUGCUGGACCACCCGCUGCACCUCCCGCUGGCCAGUUGGUAUCUCAUGCGACAUAUCCCAGUCCGCCGCGUGCCCCUGAGCUUCCCCAAAAUCCCCCACAUCUACACCCUCUCCAGCAUGGACCGCAAAAUCAGGAGCCCCGACAAGAACCUCCCCGAGAUCUCAGAGAAGGCACCAACACAAGUUCAACCUCUCAGCCUCCAACUGCGGAACCCAAUCAUCAGCCGCCUUCAGAAUCUGUGGGGCCUUCUGAACACCUCGAAGAAGCGAACGAGGACGUUGACGCUGAUGCUGAUGCCGAUGUGGUGGAUCCUAUCGCCGGCGUGGAUGUCGAUGGCGAUGCUGAUGCUGAUGCCGACGGAGACGAACCUGCUGCCAAGCGACCGCGACUAAACUCACCAGAUCCGUCCAAGGAGGUGAUGGACGAUGAGGCUGUUCUGGCGCUUGCAGCCCACAGCGGCCCUGCUGACCCAUUCCCUUCUGAUUUUGCUACGUACGGAGAGGCAUGA